UGGCAGUGACGUCACGGGGCCCGGCUCAGGGAGCUGAUUCGGCCAGAGCUGCCAGCGGGGUGGCUACCGCUGCUGGUUUGUUACAGCUGCUGGAGCGGCCGCGGCCCGGGUUCUCGGGCUCCUCUCCCGGGCCCUCGACCUCCGGCCCCGCGCGAGCAGCAGUCGAGAGGGGUGGCAGGAUGAAUGUGGGCACAGCACACAGUGAGGUGAACCCCAACACGCGGGUGAUGAACAGCCGCGGCAUCUGGCUCUCGUACGUGCUAGCCAUCGGGCUCCUUCACGUCGUGCUGCUGAGCAUCCCCUUCGUGAGCGUCCCUGUCGUCUGGACCCUCACCAACCUCAUCCACAACUUGGGCAUGUACAUCUUCCUGCACACGGUGAAAGGGACACCCUUCGAGACUCCAGACCAGGGCAAAGCCAGGUUGCUGACCCACUGGGAACAGAUGGACUAUGGGGUCCAGUUCACAGCCUCUAGGAAGUUCUUGACCAUCACACCGAUUGUACUGUACUUCCUCACCAGCUUCUACACCAAGUAUGACCAAGUCCAUUUCAUACUCAACACUGUCUCCUUGAUGAGUGUGCUCAUCCCCAAGCUGCCCCAGCUCCAUGGAGUCCGGAUUUUUGGAAUCAAUAAGUACUGAGGUUGCAGCCCCUUCCCCAGCCGGGUUGGCAGGGGAAGGGUAGAAGACCUUUGCUGUGAUGCUGAAGACAGGAGUCUCUGGACACUGCCAGAGAUGGGGGUGCGCCCUGGGCCUGGCUUCCCCCUCGCUUCCCCAGUAGCCGACUUGGAGUAGCUUGUAGUGGGGUUAGGGUGGGGCCCUUGGGCUCUAACCCAUUCUGAAGUUUUUGAUCUUUUCCUUUUGCCUUUUGAAUAGAGAUGCCAUGGGGGUGGUCAUGAAAGGGGCUGGGCUUUCCGACUGACCGUGGACCUGAGAAGUUGGUACAGGAAGCCAGGAAAAGCCCCUGUUGGUUUGUCUGCCUCCAGGCAGCCAUAGCACUUUAACCUCUGAGAAGGGGCGGAGGGACGGUACGGCUGGCUUCUGCAUUGCCUCACUUCUGUAGCCUGAAAGCGCACGCUGCGCUGCCUCUGCCCUCCAGGUAGAGCAGUCAGACUUCAUUGACGUCCUUGUAAGAUGGGGUUGGGGGACACCUUGUGUAGAAGUGGGGGCCAGGAUGCUGCCGCCCUGGUCCUGGGGAGAGGGGAGCUCUGAGCAGGGGUAGGGUGGGGUCUUAGAAUGGUCAAGAGAACGGCAGGUGAUAUGGAUUAGUGUAAAAAAGAGGGUCUGGGGGGAGAAGCCAGACCCAGCCUCCUUUGGGUGUGGGCUGAAAGGAGGGCUGGCUUGGAGGGUUCAUUUACACACAGAAUGAUGGUGAUGGGGAGGGGUUUGGAGCCCCUGCUUGGUAUGGGGGUGUGCACAGGCUGGAAGGGGAGGCCUGUGAGUCCUCACAGCACAGGUCCAGUCUGAGGCUUCCCUUAGCGUAUGAGGAAGCUUCAGGGCUCAGCUCUUCCUCAGCCCUUCAGCUUGUAUUCCCAUUUAGAUUGUGCCGGGGCAGUGCCUCCUGUGUGGCAUGCAUGUGAGGGGCCGGUAGGCCACCUCCACAUGAGGUCAGUGGGCUCCACAAUGCUGUAGGGUCCUUGCCCAAACAGGGCACUAGUAGGGACAGCUGCAGGCACUGUCUCUUCAGCCCAAAGAGAGGUGGGUCACAGAGCCUGACACUAAGCUAAGAGGGGCUGUCUUCUCCCCUCGCUGGUUCGAUUGGGGCAUGUUCCUUUGGAAAGAUGUGGGUGCUUGAGCCCUCUGCCAGGGGCUGGAGGGAAGUCACGCAUCCCGUUUUCUUCCCCUGACCCUCAUUCUCAACCCCGUGUAUCAUAGGGAACUUUCACCUUCUGGUCUUUCUAAGCGGAGUGUGAAUAGGAUUUUUAUGCCCUUUGUACAGUAUUCUGAAAGAGAAAAUAAAGUGCAACGUGUUCUGGUA